AACACCACUAGCUGCAGAUACUAAACUAACUACCGGAAAUACCAAGAGUAGCUGGAAUUCUCCAACAUGAAGUCGGCAAAGCUGUUCGGAGUCACCGCCAUCGUGAUGGUGGGCCUCGCCCUCAUCGCAGGUGGGGUGACGUGGGCAGUGCUGGCAACGAGAGGCAGCACCCUGCCGCCACCGGAGCUGAAGCCCCUGGACUGGUGGGAGCACUGCGUGCUGUACCAGAUCUACCCCAGGUCUUUUAAGGACAGCGACGGAGACGGCAUAGGAGAUUUACAAGGUAUCAUCCAGGAGUUGGAACACUUCGUGGAGGCGGGCGUGGACGCGAUCUGGAUGUCGCCCAUCUUCACCUCGCCCAUGGUCGACUUUGGUUACGACAUCAGCGACUUCUACAACAUCCACGACGAGUACGGCACCAUGGAGGACUUCGAACAGCUGCUAGAGAAAGCGCAUUCGCUGGGCCUGAAAGUGCUCUUAGACUUCGUGCCGAACCACGCGAGCACAGAGUCGCAGUACUUCAAAGACUCGGUGCAGAGGAAGGCCGGCUUCGAGGACUAUUUCAUGUGGGCCGACGGCUUUCCCGAUCCCAACAAUGCCAGCAACACUCUUCCACCCUCUAACUGGGUCAGUCAAUUUGGAGGAUCAGCGUGGGAGUGGAACUCUGAGCGCCAGCAGUUCUACUUGCAUCAGUUUGCAGUGGAGCAGGCCGACUUCAACUUUAGGAACCCCGACGUCCAGAAGGAAAUGAUCAACAUCAUGAAGUUUUGGCUCGACAAGGGCGCCGAUGGGUUUCGAGUGGACGCGCUGCCGUACCUGAUGGAGGCCGAUCCGGCCGACCACGGCGGGAGGUACCCCGAUGACCCCCUCAGCGGCAUCUCCCACUUCCAACCCCACCAGCUCGGGUACACGAUCCCGCUCUACACGAAGGAUCUCAUUGAACUGUACGAUGUAGUUUACGAAUGGAGGGAAUUCGCUGAUAGAUAUCUAGAAGAGCGUGGAGGCGAUACUCGAGUGCUGUUUUCGGAGGCUUACGCCAACGUGACAAUGACGAUGUUGUACUACGGCAACGAGCAGGGAGAGACGGGGGCGCACUUACCCUUCAACUUCGACUUCAUCACUGACCUCUCCGCCGAGUCUAACGCCCGCGAUUUCGUCUACAUCAUCCUGAGGUGGCUGACUUACAUGCCGUAUGGUGGGGUCGCUAACUGGGUGUUCGGCAACCACGACAACAACCGUAUGCCGACGCGGUUCCGCGACAGCAUGGUGGACGGGCUCAACUCCCUGAACAUGCUGCUGCCGGGCGUGGCCGUGACGUACCAGGGUGAGGAGAUCGGAAUGCGGGAUGGCUAUGUCAGCUGGGAGGACACGGUCGACGUGGAGGCGUGCAACAGGGGCGACCCCGACACCUACCACCUGUACUCGCGGGACCCCGCGCGGACGCCCUUCCACUGGGACAACUCCUCGCACGCCGGCUUCACCAUCGGGCCCAGCACGUGGCUGCCUGUCGCCGACGACUAUACGGAGAUCAACCUCGCCAAGCAAAUGGAGGAUCCGAUCAGCCAUUUUAAGGUGUACCAGGAGCUCUCUAGCCUCCGCAAAGAGAAGACCCUCUCUCACGGGGCGUACGACAUGAGGGCGUUGUCAGACCACACGCUGUAUCUGACGCGGUACCUCAGCUCCCACGACACUCUGGUGUUGGUCUUCAACGUAGGGGAGAUAACAGACACCAUCAGACUGGACAGGGUGGCGCACCUGCAGCUGCCGGCCACCGUCUCCGUCUCCAGUAUACAUUCUUCUAGAAGAAAAGGUGAUCAAAUUACCGGGGAACAACUGACUCUGUCUCCCGGAGAGGCUUUGGUCCUGAGAGCAGCGCCGAAUUCAUAGUGUACGAGUAUAACGAACGGAUAAACUAAACUACUGCCACUACUAUGAGAACAACUACUACUAAUAAGUAC